AUGGUUAUUGGCAUGCUCCUAGCCAUCACCACCUGCCCUGCUAUGCUUGGGACUCAGGAAGCAAUACGGCAGAGCCAAUCCAAGAAUCGCAGAGAAGAGCACCGAGGACAGCGGUGCAACUUGAUCGUUGGAUGUGUGCAGCCUUCGACACGAAGUCGAGAAAUUAACAAUAGGAUAGUCGUUCUGAGGGAGUCCAAAUUGUAUGUAGAGACGGGAGUAGAACCCGACGAGUUUUCCGACGACAAAGAACCAGUUCCGGGGUCACAUCCAUUCUGUGGUUACUUUCUACCUUACCCCGAUUCAAAUCAUGAAGGCGUGGUCAGUACCAUUACACACGUUGCACCCAUUUUGAACUGGAUAUAUAUCGACAAGAAUACGUACGAGCUCAAAUAUGGUGUUCGGGAUUUUGCGCAGCCAAAUCUCACGGGGCCCUUUGAUUGCACCCGCCAGGACAGGCGCAUGACGUUUGAAGGAUGGGAAGGCUUCGUUGCCGUCGAAGAAACUCCGGGAGUAUGGGCACUAUACUUUGACCGCGAUGACGACGGUUUGAGAUCAAAGUUUCCUCCCUCUACGAGAAUCUUGGAAGUAGAGCUUACAAGGAGGGAGAAGAAGGUACCAAAACCUGCAGAGGAUUCGGCGAAGACUCUAGACGAGAUGAUGCGGCAGCAGCAGCAGCAGAAGCAAGAUCAAGACCAGUCAGAGGUGGCAAAACCACAGAGGUUAUCAACUCAUAUACAGACAAAAUAA